AUGUUAUCACUAGAUCAUAAAGAAGAUCAGGACAACAUGCAGCGUUCUUCAGGAGAAAAACUCAUUACACUGAUCGGAUAUCCAGGACCUCACAGUGCAGAUCUUUCAUACAAUCCUCCUAAUCAUGAAGAACCUUCUCUUGACCAAUCACAGAUUUUAACCACAAGUCCAGAUCUGUCACAUAAUCCUCCUAAUCAUGAGGAACCUUCCUCUGACCAAUCUCAGAUUAUAACCACAAAUAGCGGGCAGAAAGGAAGUAAAAGGUUUCAUUGUGAAGAAUGUGGAAAACUGUUUACAAGAAGGUCAGUUCUUUCUGUGCACAGAAGAAUUCACACAGGAGAGAAGCCGUAUUCAUGUUCAGAAUGUGGGAAAUGUUUUACCCAGAAAUCAGGUCUCAUUAAACAUCAGAGAAUCCACACAGGAGAGAAGCCAUAUUCAUGUUCAGAAUGUGAGCAAUAUUUUGCAAGGAAAUCACAUCUUGUUAAACAUGAAAGAAUUCACACUGGAGAGGAGCUAUAUUCAUGUUCAGAGUGUGGGAAAUGUUUCACAGAAAAAUCAAGUCUCCUUAUACAUCAGAGAAUUCACACAGGGCUAAAGCCAUACUCAUGCUCCGAAUGUGGGAAAUGUUUUACAGGAAAAUCAAGUCUCCUUAUACAUCAGAGAAUUCACACAGGGCUAAAGCCAUACUCAUGCUCCGAUUGUGAUAAAUGUUUUACCCAGAAAUCAUAUCUUAUUAUACAUAAGAGACUUCACACAAGAGAGAAGACAUAUUCAUGUUCAGAAUGUGGGAAAUGUUUCACAAAAAAAUCAAGUCUCCUUAUACAUCAGAGAAUUCACACAGGGCUAAAGCCAUAUUCAUGCUCAGAAUGUGGAAAAUGCUUUUCAGUUCAAUCAUAUCUUAUUAGACAUGAAAUAAUUCACACAGAAGAGAAACCAUAUUCAUGUUCAGAAUGUGGGAAAUGUUUUUCCAAAAAGUCAUAUCUUUUAAAACAUGAGCGAAGUCACACAGGAGAUAGGCCGCAUUCAUGUUCAGAGUGUGGGAAAUAUUUUAGAGAUAAAUCAGAUCUUCUUGUACAUGAGAGAAUUCACACAGGAGAGAAGCCGUAUUCAUGUUCACAUUGUGGGAAAUGUUUUACAAGGAAAUCACAUCUUGUAAAACAUGAGCGAAUUCACACAGGAGAGAAGCCAUAUUCAUGUUCAGAAUGUGGGAAAUGUUUUAAGCAAAAAUCAAAUCUUGUUAAACAUGAGAGAAGUCAUACAAGAGAGAAGUCGUAUUAAUAUUUUACAUUAGAACAAUGAUUGUAAGUAAACAUAAGACUACAUUGGGGGUUUUACUUUACACAUGAGGCCGUUAUAGUUGUGUCCCCUCCACAGAACAGGG